GCACGAAAACAAACACUCAAGAUGAACACCGACGAAGGAAUCGACCCAGCAAGAAUCAAACUACUCACCCUGCUCAACGUAGCAGCAGCAAAACCAACAACAACAACAACAACAACAACAACAACAACAAACAAUCGGAAACGAAAACUAGGACAAGACAGAAACUGGCUAGCAAUCGCAAAACAAGCAACCAUCAAACCAAAAACACCAUCAACAACAACAACAACAACAACAACAACAACAAUAACCGAAAACCAAGUAGCAGAAGAACAAGAAGAGGAUGAAUCGAAUUCAGUAGACUUAUACCAUCAUCAUUUCGGGCCUCAGACUACUCUCCUCAACCCUCAAGCACUCCAACUAGCUCAAAAGGAAGACGGCUGGAAAGUCGCAUCGAAUUCCAAAACACAAGACCAUCGACGGAUCGUAUCCUUCCAACUCGAUCAACAACAAGAACCAGACCCACCCUCAUCAUCCAAUAAUCCCACCCUCAAAAUCCCAAAAGCUCUUCAGCCUGUCCUCGAUCGGUUCAAUCCCCACGAGCUUCGGUUCUUCGACUCUGUUAAUCAGUACCAGGAUGUCUGGCAUACCGGCAUACCCUACGAUCAUCAUCGCGCUCAUCUACGCACCGCAACCUCACUAUGGGCCCUUCAACACAUCUUAAAAACUCGAGCCGAGAUCAUCAAGAAUAACGAGCAUCUUGCACAAUUGGCCCCCAAACCAUCCACUAAGAAGUCCAUAUUAGAGUCCGACUUGGAGGGGGAAGGUCUUGGAGACGAGCCAUCAGAGAAAAGCAAAACCCAGAAAGCAGAAAGAGAGAUUCGCGACCAAGGCUUCACGCGUCCGAAGGUCUUAAUGCUGUUGCCGUUCAGAUCCUCGGCCCGAGACUGGCUGCACAGUCUCAUCUCACUCGCAUCUACUUCGACCGUCAAGGGCCUGGAACGGUUCGAGAAGGAGUACAGUUUGCCGCCCGGAACGGUGGAUAAACUGGAGGCUGAAGACGCUAAGUUCAAGUACCCCUUGGACCAUCGAAUCAUCUUUCGGGGCAACGUCGACGACGACUUCUUCCUCCCCGUCAAAUUCAACCGCAAGGAAAUCCGCCUCUACUCGGACUUCUACCAGGCUGAUUUGGUCAUCGGAAGUCCCGUUGGGCUUCGGAAGUUCAUCGAAAAAGAAGGGGAUGCCGAUUUCUUGUCUUCAAUCGAAAUCUCUAUCGUCGAUCAGUUGGAUGUCAUGCAAAUGCAAAAUUGGGAACAUGUCGAAUUUGUGUUUGAGCAUCUAAAUCGGAUACCGAAGAAGCCGCGAGACACGGAUUUCUCGCGAGUGAAGCCAUGGUACUUAGAUUCCCAGGCGCACCAUCUACGACAGAGCGUGAUGUUCUCGGCCCAUCCGUCGGCCGAACAACACUCUUUAUUCCGCAAGCUAGACAAUCUGAGUGGAAAGCGACUGGAGUUCCACGAGACCUCGAAGACGUACAGUGUUGGGCUGGUGGCUAAGGUCCGCCCGGGCAUCCAGCAGACUUGGCGCGCCUUCGAUCUCGGUCCCGACCCCUUGAUGGAUCAUCAGCUUCGCUUCGACUUCUUUCAGAAAAACAUCCUCGGCCCUCUCCAGCAAUCUGCUCUCGUUAAGGAAGGACUCGCCGGAAUUCUCGUCUUCGUCCCUAGUUACUUCGACUUUGUUAGGCUCGAAAAUCUGUUCAGAUCGAUCGAAGAUCUGAAAUUUGCUGCUAUCUCUGAAUAUUCGACACCCUCCGAGAUCAGUGCCGCUCGAUCCUCGUUCUUCAACCGCCACGUCUCGUAUCUGUUAGUCAGCGAACGGUUCCACUUCUUCCAUCGAUACAAGCUGCGCGGGGCCCGCCAAAUCAUCUUCUAUGCGCCCCCGUAUCAUCCCGAGUAUUAUCUCGAGUUCGUCAAUGAAUUCCCCUUCCUUCCUUCGCAAAAUCAGCCUAAGGAUGGCGCUCCUGGUGAUGGGACGUUUGGGCCGGUCGAUGUCAAGGAGGUCUCCGUUCAAGUCCUUUUCUCUAAACUCGAUCAUGCUAAAAUUCAACCGAUCAUCGGCCUCGCUGAUUCCCAUAAAAUCCUCAAAAAUCUAGACCAUGCUCAUUCUUUCACUUUUGUCUAAAUCAUAAACGUCAUCACUUAUCAUGUUAGAUGUCCUUCUUGUUCAUUCAUCCUGUUUCUUUUUUUUUGGUCUUUUUGAAUGGGGAUGAUUAUGUGUCGUUG